AUGCAGGAGCUUGGCGUGAAAGAUUUUUUUGCAGUGCCAGGCGAUUCAAACCUAUCGCUUCUGGAUAGCCUACUCAAGAACUCACAUUUGCGUAUGGUGUCAUGCUGCAAUGAACUAAAUACCGGAUACACAGCUGACGGAUACGCCCGCACAUCCAAAUCAAAAAUUGCCUUCGUGGUAAUUCCUUAUAUUGUCGGCGGACUGUCGAUUAUAAAUGCAAUCUCUGGCGCCCACUCAGAGCAUUUAAAGGUGGUUGUGAUAUCGGGUUGUCCGAACACAGAGAUGCUGACAGGCGAUAAAUUCCUACAUCACACGCCCUCCCGAACAAACAAAGACCAAGCACUGCGAGCUUUUCAGGGCGUGACUGCAUCGUCCGUUCGAGUUGAUUCCCCGGAGACUGCAAUUGAUGUCAUCGAUGGGGCUCUGCUGAAAUGUCUCGAUAAGUCUCUACCGGUGUACAUUGAAGUGGCAAACGAUAUGGCAACUGCACCCUGUCCGGUGCCGUCUCCGUUGCAAAGAAAUGUCGAUUCUGUUCAUCAAGAGCGCGAAACAAGACACGCAAUUGAAUCGAUAAAAAAAGCUUGGAAUUCCGCCAAAAGACCCAUUCUUCUUGUUGGGCCUCUCGCGCGCCUGGCGUCCUCCAAAGAUGAUGUGCAGCUUCUAGCCGAAAAGCUCGGUUGUGCUGUUCUCUGUCAGCCAGAUAGUCGUUGGAUACCCGAAUCUCAUCCCCAGUCGUGCGGUGUUUUCUGGCCGGGUGUUGCAAACGUUGAAGGUGAUGAGAUAGUUAUGAGUUCUGAUUUGUGGGUCGUCCUCGGCGGAUGUUGGUCCGACCUUCACGUCCUCAGCAUCAAUACUCAGAAUGAGCGCCAUCGUAUGCUUGAUAUCCAACCUGAGGGAAUUCAACUUCCUGAUGGUACGACUUUGGGGCCCGUGAAUAUUGAGUCUCUCGUCUCAGGGCUGAUCAAGUCCGAUAUCACGACCAACGGCACCUCCAUUCCUAGCUCGCAUCUGCAAGUUUCAAGCCCAGUUCCAGGGGAGCUUGAGCUUUCCGAAAAGCCAUUAACCAUGAGGAGCCUGCUUGCUGGAAUCCAAGGCAUACUACGAGGGUACCACACGAUUAUCGCAGACACGGGAGAAACAUGGUUUGCGGCAAGUCGUCUCAGGCUCCCAAGCGGCGCUGACUGCCAGAUGCAAAUAGCAUAUGCUUCUAUCGGAUGGUCUUUGGGAGCGGGCCUUGGGGCACAGAUUGGACUUCCCGAUCGGCGGGUAAUCAUUAUGGCUGGGGAUGGAGGAUUCCAGAUGACGGCUCAGGAGCUCAGCACGAUGAUUCGUAUGAAGCUGAACCCGGUCAUCUUCCUUUUCAAUAAUCUUGGAUACAAGACCGAGACUGCUGUCCACGAGGGCCCGUAUAAUUAUAUCGCCAACUGGGACUAUACAAAACUAGCCAAAUCUCUUUAUCGCGAACCUCAUGCGGAAUCACACAAUCCAUAUGCAACUGAAGAGGUGCCGAGAAUGAAGAACCGUCCGAUGUUCGCGGCUAAGAUUCAGACCCAGGCUGACCUGGCAUUGGCACUGCAAAGAGCCGAAGCGGAGAGCGGAAAGUUGGCAUUUCUGGAAUGUUGCAUUCAGCCCGGCGAUAUGACUGCGGAGCUUCGCAAGUUAGGAGACAAGGUCGGAAAUGAGAUGGGAGCCUCCGACUCAAGCACGGAAACACCUGCCCCGACCCCUUCGCCGACUCCUUCGAGCGACAGUAGAAGUACGAUUCCCUCCUCCCUGUCAUCACCAGUUCCACGUCCUAGAGAUGUUGGAAACCUUCGUGAUCUGAACGCUUCAGGCCUCAAGAUAACACUCACUAAGGAGACUCGUGAGGUGCCUCCACUUAAUUCUCCAGAUGUUCUUUCCCAUAAGGUCUGUACGGACCACAUGGUGCAAGCACGGUGGUCAAUCGAUGGAGGCUGGAAUGAUCCGGAGAUAGUACCCUACGGCCCACUGAGGUUGAUGCCCAGUGCAAGCGCCCUUCACUACUCGACGAUGUGCUUCGAAGGCAUGAAAGCCUUCCGCGGCAUGGAUGGACAAUUGCGUCUUUUCCGUGCCGGCCUCAACUGCUGCCGGUUACUAGAUUCCGCCACGCGAGUCUGUCUACCAAGCUUUAGUCCGCGGGAUCUACACAUCCUAAUCAAGAAGCUCUGCAAGAUCGACGCACCAAAGUGGCUCCCUCCCAGUCAGAAGGGCUCGUCCCUGUAUAUUCGACCCACUUUUAUCGGCACAUCCGAGGGGUUGGGAUUGAACCGUCCAAAGGAGGCCCUCUUAUAUGUUAUCGUCUCAUUCUGGCCAAAUUCCACAGUAUCUGCGAGUCAAUCCAUCACUCCAAGCAACGGGCUGCGCCUAUGGGCAAGUCCCAGGAAUAUGACGAGAUCGUGGCCGGGCGGAUAUGGAUCGGCGAAGCUCGCCGCCAACUAUGGACCAUCUCUUCUUGCGCAGCAAAAGGCCCAGGCAGCAGGAUACGACCAAGUCAUGUGGCUCUUUGGACCCGAUCGUCAAGUCACCGAAGCAGGAGCGUCGAAUUUAUUCUUUAUCUGGAGAUCGCUCCAAGGAACUUUGCAAGGCCGGCUACAACUCAUCACAGCGCCACUAGAGGACAACCUCAUACUGCCGGGUGUGACCAGACGUAGUGUUCUUGAGCUCGCUCGCUCGAGAAUGUCUAUCGAUCAAUGCUCAAUAGGCGAUACAACUCAUUCUGUCGAGCCGGUUGAGGUUGUGGAGAAGAAAUUCACGAUUCACGAUGUUAUCGAUGCGGCCGACCAAGGGAGAUUGCGCGGCGCUUUUGUUACCGGCACUGCGUGUUUUAUUACACCAGUAACUUCUAUCUAUUUCGAGGGCCGCGAGAUUGACAUUGAGCCGGAUGCUACUCCUCAUAUCGCAUUGUUUCGGAAAUGGAUGUCUAACAUUGUGAAUGGCGAGGAACACAGCUCUUGGACGGAGGUGGUAGAGGGGUAG